AUGAGCAGCCCACAAGAAGAGCUUAGAAUUAUUACCAAAUCCAAAAUGAAGCCACAGCCUGCUAAAGCCUCAAGCAAAUAUAACGACACAAGAGAAAGAAAUCAAGAAGAAGAAGAAAAAGAAAUUGUUGUUGGAUUUCCAUGGGCUUCUUCAAGAGCUUAUACAUGUGGUUUUUGCAAAAGGAAAUUUCAAUCUGCACAAGCUCUUGGUGGCCACAUGAAUGUUCAUCGACGAGAUCGAGCGAAGCUCCGAAGAACUCCGUCGUUGGAUUCGACUACUCAUGAUCAUCAUGAUUUUCAUGGGUCCUCAUCUCAACCCAUUAAGUUUCUUAAACUGUAUGAUUUCUCAAGUUUUCAUGGUGAAGAAGAUGAAUCAGAUGGAGGGUGUAAGAUUUGGAAGAAGGUCAACAAGUUUGUGAAGAACGAGGCUGCUUUGCUUAGUACUUCCAAUGAUAUAGAUUUGGAACUCAAAUUAGGGUUUUAA